AUGCAUCCCUAUCACUUUUGUGUUCCUCUCCUACAUGAAUCACUUGCAGGUUUUCAAAGCUUUUUUGAAUGUUCAAACAUAGGAGUUUCAGCCAGUCUUUGUAUGCUUUAUUGUAUAAAAAUGAUCAAUUUCAGCUUCUUCAUUUACACAGAAGUAAAUAUUGACAAGAUUGUGCCAUGGCUCAUGUUGAAUCUGUGCUUUUGGCCUUUAUUUUCAGCAUUGUUGUUUAUCACAUCUCUAAUGAAACACAGUAACAAUCACAAUGACAGUAGUCAAGGAUAUUAUCUGAAACACAUUAUCAGGCUGGAUGAACAUUACUGCCUAUAUAUAUUUUUUUUUUAAUUUGUGUUUUCCACUUCAUUAACAGCAGUUGUCUUUUCUGCUGUUUUCCUUCUCUUUUCCCUCUGGAGACACAAAUGCAAGAUGCAGACAAACUCCAUGAACAGCCUCAGCAUGGAUGCCCACAUCAAAGCCAUGAAAUCUAUUCUCUCCUUCUUAGUAAUGCACAGCAUCAACUUUAUAUUUUUUAUUUUGACACUGAUUUAUGCAAGGAAGGAAGAAAAUCAUGUGGCUUUUCUUAUUUUUGAAUUUCUGUAUGCUUUUCCAGGCAUUCAUUCCCUUAUUUUGAUUUUCAGCAAUCCUAAACUGGAAAAGACACUGAUAAGGUUUCUAUCCUGUGUCAAGUGCAAGGAUUGCAUGAGGUAG